AAAAAGUUUCAGUAAGCGCCACACACAGUUUCGGUUAAGCGUUCUCAGAGUUGGUUUGUGUGUCUGUUUGUGUACGCUGAAAGUGGACGGCGAUUUUGUUGUCUUUGAUUUUUUUAUUAUAAAAGUUUGUUUCGAAUUUCGGUUGCCUUAGCUAAGGAUUUCGUUCGGGAUAAGGACAAGAUCAACGUGAAGAGGCGAUUAAAAAUACAUUCCUGGAAUGGCCUCAGAAAGGACAAUCAGCAACCGAAGAUGGACAGACUUCUUGACAUGUCGCCAAGUGUUGAAUAUAAUGGUGAUUUUGGGCUUCAUGUUCAAUUACAUGUUGCGGGUGAACAUGGCAAUUGCAAUUGUGGCAAUGAUCAAAGACGGCAACGCAACGACAGCAAACGUUACCGCGCCCUCGAACGCCACAGCGAACACAGCGUCAGACGAAACAAAAUUCGACUGGACGGUGGAUCAAAAGAACACCAUCCUCGGCAGCUUCUUCUGGGGCUACGUGCUCACAGAGUUGCCAGGAGGAAGAAUGGCGGAGAUAGUGGGGGCUAGGAGGAUCUUCGGCGGCGGCAUGUUGGCAGCUAGCAUAAUUACAUUCCUCACACCCGCCGCCUGUUACCUGAACUAUUAUGUAGUGGUGAUUUCGAGGGCGCUGCUCGGCUUCUUCCUGGGCGCCACGUGGCCCGCCAUCCCUCCAAUGGCCGCUAAAUGGAUACCGCCGUUGGAGAGGUCCAACUUUAUCGCCAAUAUGAUGGCCAGCUCAUUGGGGGCGGCCAUAACAUUACCCGUGUGCGGUUAUUUGAUCUCGAUUUCCGGUUGGAGUAGCGUGUUCUUCGUUACCGGAGGCAUCGGAAUCGUUUGGUCUGUAUUGUGGUUCUUCCUGGUGUUCGACUCACCGGCGGAUCAUCCAAGGAUCACGAUCGAGGAACGGGAGGAGAUCGAAAGAAAGAUUGCUGAAGGCGAAAACAAAAAACUGGUGAAGCCGAAAAAGGUGCCGUGGGUGGCAAUCUUUACCUCAAUGCCGGUUUGGGCUAUCAUCGUCACUCAUGGAUGCUCGGUGUUCGGUUAUUUCACUGUCGUAAAUCAACUGCCUACAUACAUGAAGGAUGUACUUCAUUUUAAUAUUAAGACUAAUGGAUUACUGUCCAGUUUACCUUAUAUUGGAAAAUACGUUAUGGCCGUCCUGAGCAGCUACCUGGCGGACAAACUUAGACAGACCCAAAGACUUUCGACCACAGCGACCAGAAAAUUGUUUACGUCCGUUGCCGUUUUCGUGCCAGCCCUGCUUAUGGCCGUUCAGGCCAUUUGGGGCAUCAACCCCGCUCUAUCGGUGACCGUUUUCACUGCCUCCCUGUUUUUCAACGGUGCAGUAACCGCCGGUUAUCUCUCCAACGGUUUGGACAUCGCUCCGAAUUUCUCCGGCACAAUAUUUGGUCUGGCGAAUACAUUGUCCUCGUUUGGCGGUUGGCUGUCCACGAAAAUUGUUGCUAUUUUGACGAAGGACGAGAAAACGUUCGACAGUUGGAAAGGCGUGUUCUGGAUACUUGUCGCCACUUACGCUGGCGGUGCCCUGUUUUAUCUGAUCUUUGGUACUGGUAAAAGGAUGAAAUGGAACUCUGUAGAAAGUGACGAAUCGGAUGCCAAAGAAAUGCAACCGCUCAAAAAGCCGGAAAAUGAAAAGGAGAAAGAGAUUAUUGCGUGAAUUUAAUGUGCACGUCGAUAUUUUUGUAUAAAAGAAAAGUAUUUUUCAUAUGUUUUUACAUAUUAUUCUGACUCAUUUACAUUAAAUACAAAUGUAUCGUUAUUCUAUUAUGUGAUGAUUAUAUUUUCAAUAAAUAUUAUUUAUUAA